AUGUUGUACGCGAUUUCGGAAGCUGAAAGAAAUUUGGCGGAUCGCACUGCAGCCUGCAAUGCAUUGCGAAACCUGGUGAUGAAACUUCUGUCAUGCAUAGGUUCCUUGGAGUUGUCCUGGCCUACUGUCGGACUGGAGGGAGGAUCUCACUGGACAUUUGUCGCUGUGGGACUGGAUCUGGUGGUGGACUGCAGCACGCUCUGGACCACUGAGUUUGAGGAAACGCACGUGCAGGAUGCGUGGCUCUCUGACCUCAGAAACGCAUCCAAGCCCUGGGUGCGGACGCCACUGACCAACGCGACGCUAGAUCAACUCUUGUGCUUCGCUUUGGAUCCAAUGCACCAGAGAGGGCUGAAGAGUUCUCUGCGGCCAGGGGCACUGACAGUGCUGAGUCAGAUUGCCUUUGUUCUCGACGACGCUGUGACGGCCAUGGCGGGGAGCAACGAACGUCCACCUCGAUCCAGUUUUUACAAGAAAUUCACGGCAUUGGCUUUGAUGGAAAAGAGGGACAUCGCCAACCGGAUGUUCAAUGGCGAGGACUCGGGGUGUAGUUCAGAACCAGUAAGUUCCAAGACGCAAAUGGAACGAAGGGACAUGGGAGCACAACAAUUGCAAAAUAAAGACCAAACAAGUGAAAAAGCCUGUUAA